AUGGCCCAGGGUGCUGAUCAGAAACCGACCCUCGCCGAAAGAGUGAAGUCCUUCAGAAAUAUCGACGACCAAACAUGGCCGCUUAUAAUCUUGGCGGAAUUGGACAACCCGAGCAGGGACGAGCUCGUGCAGCGAUUGCGCCCCGAUGAGCGAGUCGCUGCACACUCUUCGAUGCGAGGGAAGCCUCCAACACAACCAACCCCCUCGACUAGGGGGAACAAUGUUCAAACAUUCACACCAUCCAUAUCCCUGCUUGCAUCCAUGGCUCGACAAGGCUCACAUCGGGAUAGCCAAGCCAACUUGUAUGCUCUUGCGAUCCUUGCGUACCAGUCAGGCCACUCCAAAUUCUUAGUUGCAGAUGAGCUUUCCAAAAGACAAUUGACCGGAAAGCUCCGCCCAGGCGAAGAAUCAACGCUGUCGGCGAUUUUAAUCUCACUGAACGAAAAGCCAUCCACUCCAGACGGUAUUUCCGUUUGGGCGCGGCGAGAGAACUGCACGGGUCAGCACAUUUCCCAGAUGUUUGCAAAAUUUGAACACAAAUGGAAAUCCAUGCCAGUCACAGAUGAUGCAAAGCCCCACCGUCGUGGCUAUCUAUCCGAAAGAUCGAUAUGGGAAAGGCCGGGACUCGAGAUCCAUGACCCUGAUCGCCCGGUACUUUCGACUGAUGUAAAAACCACGCUUGGAUGGGAAUCCCAUUUGGAGGCUAUGGUUGCAGCUCUUUCUAGGCUCCCAGUUGAAGUGGCAACCGACAUCGUCUCCCGCAUAGGAGAUGCACAAUGUCUUCAACAUACGUUGUGGAAGGACUUUCCUUGUGAAGAGCAUCUCGUCAUAUUCCUCCUAUUUCACGCAACCCCUGACCAAAUCUGCCAGACUACCUCAUUUAUCUGUGAGGCUGUCAGAAAGGAAAGCGUAAUGUUCAAGUCAAGUGAAACCGACGGAAGCGAGCUUGGCGAGCCAAGGGAGCCAAAUAUGACAUUUGAGCUAAUACCAUGGGAUCAACAUGGGAUCAGAUCCCGCCGAGACUUGGUGGUCUUUUGGUUGUCUUAUUAUCAACCCCAUGCCUUGCAAUUCUGCGAGAGAUCCCCAUUUUUGCAUUUGUUGCUUGAGCCUAUCUCAGAUGUUUCAGCGCCAUCUUUUGUGGAGGUCUCAUCUAACAACAAGUCAGUUGGGAUCGCAUCACGAACAACGCUAGAUAUACUGAUCAAAGCGGGGAUGAAAAGCGAGCCCACGUCGGACAGGUCUCACGAUUCUUAUCCGAUUAUUGAAGAGGAGAACCUAUGCCAUCCAGAUCAGCCAUUCUGCUAUAGCUUUCCUGAGUGGCAAACAGCAUCACUCUAUCGAAAUGAUUGGCUGCCCGCAUUCUAUCUCACAAAUCAUCUUAUCAAAGAUCAAGAUCGGGAGAUUCGAGCCGAGAUCAAAACCUUUGACGGUGGGCUGGAUGAAUACCACGAGACAGGAGACAAGAACUGUGGAUUCAUUCCAUGGAAGACCGGGAAAGCUGGCGAGCUAGACGGUACUGUCCAGGACAUCUGGGAGAUUGCUCAGAAAGUCGACUCUGAGUCAUUUGAAGGAUACGAUUGCGAGUUUAUUUGCAUUGACCAGAAGUCUGCAGUUGAUAUGAAGGUCAUCUAUGUGAUAUCAGAUGACUUUGGCCUCAAAACAGGGCGCCGCAAGUGGGCUCAACUCAAGGAUUUGCCUAAUCCCCGAAUGCAUGGAAUAACAUUUGCUCGAAUUCAUGCUCGGGAUGCGCAUGUUCAAUCUUGUGAAAUGCCCCUCUUCACGAAAAGGGCGUAUGAAUACAAAUUGCAGCACUUUAUACGUCCGGACUUACGACCGCAUGGUCGACUUAGAUGGGGGUGUGACUAUGUUGAUGGAAAUGGUAAUCCUGUUCAGCUGAAGGAUGAUGUUAACCCAGAAGAGGAAGAGGACAGUCCUGUUGAGACAGACGAAGAAGAUGAUGAUGGCCCGGUCCACCCGGCGUUCCUUUUCGGUUAG